UUAUUUCCACCAAUUCAGCUUCCUCUUCCUUAGCGGAUUGGGAUUCUUUGUCCUAAUCGGACUCGUCUCAGAUUCAUAGAUCGCAGCCUAUAAAAUUCCCUCUCAUCCCUUUCAUUUUUUUCCAUCAUUCUUCACCAUUUUCUCCCAUUGAUUUUUCACCAAGAAUCUCUGUUUCAGAUUUCCCUCUCUACUACUAAAAGCCAUGAAUGCUCUUGCUGCAACCAACAGAAAUUUCCGCCAUGCCGCUCGGAUUCUCGGAUUAGACUCCAAGCUCGAGAAGAGUCUUCUGAUUCCCUUCAGAGAGAUCAAGGUUGAGUGUACGAUUCCGAAAGACGAUGGAAGCUUGGUGUCUUACGUUGGGUUCAGAGUUCAACAUGACAAUGCUCGUGGCCCCAUGAAAGGGGGGAUCAGAUACCAUCCUGAGGUUGAUCCCGACGAAGUGAAUGCUUUGGCUCAAUUAAUGACCUGGAAAACUGCUGUUGCUGAUAUCCCAUAUGGUGGUGCAAAGGGUGGCAUUGGCUGCAACCCAAGGGAGUUAAGCAGUAGCGAGCUUGAGCGUUUGACUCGUGUCUUUACACAAAAGAUUCACGAUCUCAUUGGAAUUCAUACUGAUGUACCAGCUCCUGAUAUGGGCACAAAUGCACAGACUAUGGCAUGGAUUUUGGACGAAUACUCAAAAUUUCACGGUCACUCCCCGGCUGUUGUGACUGGGAAGCCCAUAGAUUUGGGUGGAUCACUUGGAAGAGAAGCUGCAACCGGACGUGGUGUUGUUUUUGCAACAGAGGCUUUACUUGCUGAGCAUGGAAAACAUAUCAAGAACCUGACAUUUGCUAUUCAGGGGUUUGGAAAUGUGGGAUAUUGGGCAGCAAAGCUUAUUCAUGAGAAAGGUGGAAAGGUUGUUGCAGUAAGUGAUAUCACCGGUGCUGUAACGAAUCCAAAUGGUAUCGACAUUCCAGAACUUUACAGGCAUAAAGAAACCACUGGAAGCCUGGUUAACUUUGAAGGUGGAGACAGUAUGGAUCCAAACGAGCUACUCGUACAUGAUUGCGAUGUUCUUAUCCCUUGUGCCUUAGGUGGAGUUCUAAACAGGGAGAAUGCUGGUUCAGUGAAAGCCAAGUUCAUAGUUGAGGCAGCAAAUCACCCCACAGAUCCAGAAGCAGAUGAGAUUCUAUCUAAGAAGGGAGUUGUAAUUCUACCUGAUAUAUAUGCGAAUGCUGGCGGAGUGACUGUAAGCUACUUUGAGUGGGUUCAGAACAUUCAAGGUUUCAUGUGGGAUGAAGACAAAGUAAACAAUGAACUACAAAGGUACAUGACUAGAGCAUUUCAUAACAUAAAGAACAUGUGCAAGACCCACGACUGCAACCUGCGGAUGGGCGCUUUCACGUUAGGUGUAAACCGUGUUGCACGUGCCACGCUUCUUAGAGGUUGGGAAGCUUAAUUUAUAGAUUGAUGAUUGUCGUAUCAAAGAGAAGCUUAUUUAUCAACAUGGAAGCAGUUUAAGAUGGAUUUUUAUGUUUUAUUAGCAUUUUGUUCGAUUUGAUUUUGUUCAACUUAUGAAGCAUAGGAUGGAUUAGUAUAAGUUGUUGAAACUUUGAUAGUAGUUUGUACAAUGCCUCAAUUCUUAGUUGUUACAUUAUUCUAGCAAUAAAAUUUUAAUAAUUCUGAUUA